GGUCAUCUCGGAAAAUCCCAUAACGUCUCGCGAGGUUUGAUGCAUCAUGGGUAUUUUCCAAGAUGGCGCUGUCUCAAGUGAAAAAUUGUAAAUAUUUUCAAUUUUUACCGUGAUUGCAAUAAAUAGGAGGAUGGCUGCGAAAGUUUUCAAGCUGUACAUCCAUCAGGAGACGUUCAGCGAGAAUGACUUGGUCAUCAACUCCAAAGACUUCCCCAGUGCUAAAGUGGGGGAUGUGGUGGAGAUCUACCAGCCAGAAGAACCUAACAGACGUCUGCUGCUACAAGUUAAGGCUCUGAAAGGAGAUUCUCAACAGAAAGGUAUAAGUGUGGACAAGACUGUUGCCAAUGUGUUCCAGCUAAGACCGUUCAUCGAUGUGUGUGUCAACUUUGUCAGCUCACAGGACGUUGCCCUUGACCUUGUGGAGUUGACCUUUAAGGACCAGUACAUCAGCAGAAGUGACAUGUGGAGGCUGAAGAAGAGCCUGGUCAAUGAGCCGAAGUCAACAGAGGUGAGCACAUGUGCAUAUAUCACCAAGAAGGUGGAGUUUGCAGGUAUCAGAGCCCAGAUUGGUGAAUGUUGGAUGAGAAGUGAAAAGGUUGGGAGUGGGGUCAUCACAGAAGACACAAAGAUAGUGUUCCGGUCGUCGACCUCCAUGGUUUAUCUGUUCAUCCAGUUGAGCAGGGAAAUGUGGGAGUUUGACAUCCAUGGUGACCUGUACUGGGAGAAGGCCUGUAUGUUCCUCAAGGAACUCUUUACCAGAUGGAAGGAAAACAACAGUAAUCAUGAGGUCACCAUUGUUGUCUUCUCAAGAACAUUUUAUGAUGCAGAUUCUGUAGAUGAGUUCCCACAAUCCAUGAGGAAAUGUCUUCAAGUUGACUACAAGGGGAGAAUAUGUGAAGACUUCUACAGGGUUGUGGCUCAGGCAGAGAGAAUGGAGGACUGGAGCCCCAUGUUAGUCUCCCUCAAACGUCACUUCAUUCAGUACCCUGACAAGACCAGAUACUGUAAGGAUGAGGGCUGUCCAGUCGGCCACAACUCUACUGCAGCCCAGGGAAACUUCCUAGAGGCCAUAAACAUGUCUUUAAAUGUGUUUGAGAAACACUUCAUCGCCAGGAAUUUUGACCGUACGGGACAGAUCACGGUACUCAUAACUCCGGGCGCGGGCGUCUUUGAGGUGGAUCGGGAACUGACCAACAUCACCAAGCAACGGAUGAUUGACAACGGCAUCGGCAGCGACCUGGUGUGCCUUGCAGAGCAGCCCCUACAUGCAGUACCUCUAUUUAAGUUCCACAACAAGUCAGCUGAGAACUACCUCGGAGAUGACUACAACAUCCCACACUGGAUAAACCACAGCUUCUACGCCCCCAAGAGCACAGAGAGUGGAUCAACAGGGUUUGUGCCGAGAAUCAAGAUGGCAGAAACCAAGCCUGACUGGAAGGGAAGCAAGGAUGGAGAUCUCAAUGGUCUUUAUAAAAUGAAGAAUCCUGUGACCACCACCAGCAGCACUGACGAUGCUCUGAGCACCAUGGUAGACUAUGAUGAGUACGACGCCCAGGUCUUCAAGAACCCUGCAAGAAGCCUUGGGACAAGCUUCCCAAGGACUUAUGGGAAGGGCUUGAUGCGUCACUCAUCAGACGACAUGCUGGAGGCCAAGGCUCAUGCUCAGCUGCGGGGGCGCAGUCGCCACGUGUCGGACGACCAUCGCAACCUGACUGUCAGCUCCAGUGUUCGACAGGAAAGGCAGCGACAUAAGUCAGAGGACCUCCGUCUCAGAAUCAAACAGUUAAAGAUGCAGUCCAGCCUCGCUAUAAAGAUCCCUCCCAGUGUUCCCCGUAAGGACAGUAUGCAGGCCAGCUCACUGGGCUCCUUACACAACUUCCAGGGCACAGACCAUGACGAGGAAACCAAGCGGUUUGUGGUGGGCAGCGCGUCACCGACAGAUCGUUCCAAGCUCUUCCCAGCCAGCGCGUUCCCCAAGGUUCCCACCAGGAAGAGGGCGCUCAUCAAUCCGUUUGCGCCCUCGCGACUGCUGGUGAGACUGACGUCCAAUCGUAGGAGGUGGACGCACACAUUCCCACUGGGACCCACAGGGGAGGCCAUGCAACAUCAUCAUCACAAGAAGUCCCCUGUGCCAGAGGAACUGGCUGUUGCCAUGGACGCGACCUCUCCUCCAUCUAAGGGCAUGUUAGAUGCUAACAUGGCGGCUGUGGAGGCAAGAAAACAGGCUGGCUUGAUCAGUGAGGAAUCAGUGGAAAACCUGCACAAGUCUGCGAGCCUGUCCAGUCUGGGAAGUGACCAGGGAGGGGGGCUGCGCAGGGUGGACUCAGCAGGCAGUGUGUCCAGUGUCAUCAACACCUACGAGAUGUCAGGGAGGGGUGUCGGUGGAGUAACAGGCUAUAGGAGGAGUGGGAGUAACCUGUCAUGGCUGUGGGGGAUGACUGGGGAUCAGGAGUGGACCCCUGACCUACAGACAGGUGUUGACUGGAAGUCCCUGACCACGCCCGCCUGUCUGCCCAUCACCACUGACUACUUCCCUGAGAAGCACAGUCUGGAGUACGACUAUCUGGAGUCCAACUACGACCUGCUGGCUGAGUUUGAAGACAGCAUGGAGAUGGAAAAUAUGGAGCAGGGAAAUCGCACAAGACAGACCCUCAACACUCAGCAGGUCUUCACAGAGCUUAUAUCACAGAGACUCAUGCAGGGUUUCCAACUGAUAGUAUUGCCCAAGGACUCUCCCCUGUCUGUACCACAAGGCCACACAACCCUCAGCAGCAGCCCCCGAUUCAGUAUCUCCCGCAGGAAGCACAAGAGUGAAGACCAGCCUUCCCCUACUACUGGUCUCCACCCCUCCCCCGACCGGAGCGACUCAUACAACCUCGCACCGGGAGCCCCUAAUGUCAAGACACGGCUCACGCCACUCAAGAGUCCCCCUGGAGUAGUGAAGCCGCCCAAAACCAGCACCCCCCUCGUACCUUCCCCCCUGCGAGGCUCACACCCUUCCCCCCUGUCCACCCCCCCUGAUCCUCCCGACCAGAAUGUUUUUACCUCCCCACUUUCCUCCGCGGUUGUCUCCCCAACCACCACGCAUUCCUCCCGUCGGCUGUCAUUGGCUACCUUCCUCACCCCAUCACCCAAGAAGAGCCGCCGGUUUUCAAGCCCGGCCGCUCCCGCCGUGACCCCCGAACUUAAAACGCAAACCGCCCGCGUCCACCUAUUCCAGAAAUCGCCCUCUCCUGGCUCCCCCACGACCAGUCUUGGUCGCCUUUCCCGCGAUAGCUCCCCGUCCACACGGUCCCACCUGUCGGUAUCGGGGGUGCUGAGUGGCAGCCCUACCCUGUCCCGCAUGUGGAGUUCACAGAAGAGAAAUAAUGAGGAGGAUGAGUACUGGUUGAGUAUGGGGAGGAACUUCCACAAGGUGGUGGCCAGCCGCAGUCGACAGUCUUACAUCAUCCACGUCACCAAGUACAAACCCAGACAUCCUUCCCACACCAACCCGUGGGGGUACCGGUUCCGGUUGUGGCCGGUUUACCAGCAGGUGUAUGACCCCGCUAGGACAGAGUUCCAGCACGACAACCUGGAGAACUACAACUGGAACUACCUGGACAACUACAUCUGCAGCUCGGGGGGAGACGACUUUGACCUCAUGGAUUCCCUGAAAUUCUGGAGGACCAGAUUCCUACUCCUGCCAGCCAUGUCUGCAAGCACCAAGAAGCUGUCAGAGAGCCAGGACACGGCGUUCGACAUCUACCCCGACCGGACCUCGGAGGAGCAGCGGCAGAUGGUGGACGGUUUCCUCCGCUUCAUGGAGAUCGUCAACAGGAUACGCAGGCCAGCCAGCAACAGGAAACAAAAGAACAUAAUACAGGGCAUCGCUAAAUUCAUGGGUUUGCUGCGACAUGUCCGCAAGUAUGAGCAGGAAGAGAGAGGUGAGAAUAAGGAGUUGAGCACCUCUACAUCAGGAGGAGGAAGGAGAGCAGGGUUUAACCUGUCAGCACCCACCACCCCUACAGCCCCUCUGUCUCCUGUACCAGGAGUAACAGAGAAGGACCAGCAGUCUCAACAGGUUAAGCAGGUGGAGAGUUUCCCUAUUCCACCCUCCACCAAUGAGGGAGCUGUUGCCGUGGUAACCACCAACACAGAGAACACAGAGGACCUGAUCAGUGAUGCCAUGGCAACGACAGUGAUGGGGGAGGGGGAGGAGUCCGAGAUGGAGCAGGAAGGGAAGCUGACCUUGACCUCACCUCCAGAGGUCAUUAUAGAGGCUAUGAAGGACACAACCACUGGUGUAGGGUUCCUACCCGACCAGAGGGGCCUGCCAGCUAACAGCUUCAUCAGUGCGGAGGCAGUGGCCUGGGUGUCGGAGGCUGUGGAUGGGGUCGUCUCUCACUUACAGGCAGUGGAGCUGCUGCAGAAACUUCUGGAGGAUCACUACAUACUGCAUGCCUCCCUGAACCCAAGACACCCCUUCUGUAAUGGUUUCUUCCUGUACUGUAUCCUGUCUGAGGAAAACAGAAAGAGAGUGACAGAAUUUGCGGGAAGAAAGUACCCAGGAUCAUACUAUCAAACAGAUGACAGCUCCUUCCAGAGCUACUGGGUGGAGGUGUCAAUCACAUCUGUACCCAUGGCGACUAUUGUCCCCUCCUUCCUGUCUCCACGGUUACGAAGUGACUCCAAGGAAACGGGUUCCCCCGAGAGCUGGAGCCACGCCCGUGGGUGGAUGGGAGGGAGCAAAGAUGUCAGGAUACCGGGCAUGAAAGGUAAUCCUCCUUACAAGUGUAUGGUGUUGGACGUGGACAUGAACAAGAAAAGCGACCGGUUGGAAUGGUGCACCCUGCGUUACCAUGGCAACUACACACCGGGAUGUUCCUUUGAGUUUGAGGUGCAGUGGAUGGUGACCACGCCCAACAUCUUGUAUGAUCUGCUGUCAGGCUGGGCCAGAAAGGCUGCCAGCUGUGGCUUCCACCUCGUACCCGUGCCCUAUGACCCCUUCGCCCUUCCUGAGAGCUCCACCCACGAUCCUUUGCGAAGACCCCAGUUCAUCCCACUCCAGCUAGAGGGGUGUUUGGGGGAGGGACAGACCAGCCUGUUUGAAGAAUUUGCUGCUGACACCCACAGCGAGAGACUGCAGCUCUUCCAGGAGACCAUUCUGAAGAGGUUUGGGUUUGUGCGAGACAACAGCCGCCCGGGCAGUGGCAGCUACUAUCUCCAGCAGACCAACAGGCUGCAGUUUGUGCACGAGACUGGGGUGGCGCUGGUGCAAAUACCCGAGUACAGAUCCAAAGCGCAAGGCCUUCAGAAAUUCAAGACUCCCUUUUCCCCCAUUAACGCAGAAACAAGAGCACCAAACGAAGCGUCCAACGCUCAAUCAAGGACUAGACAUCCUUCGUCACAGAAUGAAACUGAUGAUGAGGAACGAAAGGUUGGAUUCUACUGGACAUACAACUAUGUGCUGACGAAAAGGUGGCGCUCCAGCUCCACUGGGGAGGAGAAGUUUGGGGAGAGACUGCUGGCGGACUUGACAAACUUCUGCUUGGACGAGGACUGGAGGUUGAGAGAUUUCUGGAGGGAAUGUCAGCAUGGACCUCUGGAAUCUGCCCUUGGACAGUGACAAGUGCCAAUUAUUAAUUAUACUUCACAAGAAAAUGAUAUCAUUUAUACAUACAUUACAGGCCACAAAAUACCCAUCAAUUUACCUGAAAUGUCCUGAGAAAUUUUACAUAACACACUGAACAUUUCACGUAAAUUGAGUACUACUAUUUCAUGGCCUGUACUGUAAGUUCAUACUAGUAGAGGUGACCAAGUGAGCUUGGCUGAAGAUGCAAACCACAGUGAAGCUGCAUUACACAACUAGCUAAUAGAUAGAGAAAACAUCAUGACUUGAAGAAGACAACAGAAGAUCUAAGGCUAAGAUUUAAAAAAAAAUAACAGUGAAACGUCUGUAUGUACUGGGAUACACUGAGAUUGGCAGAGAUCUACAAACACUUGCAGGAUGUCAUUUUACAAAGCUGAUUU